AUAUGUAAUGUCAAUACAAUGGAGCAAACGAAGAAGCUACACAAAAAUAUAGAACUGCUAUCUAAUACGCAUGAAUAUAGCUCGCAGUUGUUAUAAGCUGAAGGUCCUUACCUCUCAGAUGAAGGCUGUUUUGGCCAAAGGGAAGAAACUCUGCAGAUUUAUAGAUACUGAAGCACUCGUGAGAGGCUGACUAAAAUAGACUACUGUCCACACAUUAUUGUUACUGUCAGAUGCUUCACAUCCCAAGCUGCAGAGUGACAGGGCACCUGCUGCUCAAGUGUACUUCAUGUUCUCUAGACUAAGGGCUGCCAUCUGUAAGGCAAAAGAAGAACUGCAGCUGUAGCAAAGAAGUACUACAUUUCAUCAAACAGCUUCUUCCUGCCAUCCAUUCCAGACAUGGCCUCCACAUUCUUACGCCAAUCAGUCACCUCUUCUUUCUAUAAAUGGAUAAAAAUGUUGGCUUUGAAAUCUGACUUUGAUGGCAUUUUGAAUUCAGUAAGCGCAUCAAACUUGGCAUCGUGUGACUUCUUAACCUUCUUCAGUUUGGUUUGUUGCUUUGUGCCCUUCAUUUCCCAAAUCUUCUGGGUCAAGGAAUGGAUCUGUAAUGGACCACAAUGAUGGCUGUGAGUCAGAAGCACCAGACUGUCCUUGCAUAGUUGGAACUGCGAAGGACAAAUGCGAUGACCCUUGGCUGGACUCCACUUCGUCCACGGUGAAGGCUGAUCCGGUCGUUCCACAGCAUGAAGUUGAUGUAUUUCCUCAGCGACCAGCACGGAUCAGCUCCAGGCAUGAGGAAGUGGAUAUAAUCCUCUUUUGGAAGGCUAAACAAAGUAGUUUUGCGUUCAUAACAAAACACAGCGUAUCCACAACAUGGUGGCAACAACAAUACUACAGCGAGAAUUCAAAUAGGAUCUAAGAAAGCCAUGAGAGGAUGUUCGAUGAUUUUUCACAAGUGUAUGUCUGUCGCAGUACCAGAAGAUAUUAAACCAUGAGGGCGAUUUGCUUCUCUCUGUUGAUGCUUUCAUGUGUCAUAAUGGAAAUCUUAGCCCUGCAUCUCAUUGAAAUCCCUCCGAUGGAAUGUUCUCAAGAGGGAGUAGAAUGCAGGGUCCAAGUAGGUAACUGUUCAGAUGAAGGUUGGGUGGUGCCAAGGUAUCAUGCCCCAGGGUUUCCUGAUGUAACUGCAAAGAUAGAAGCCAAGAGGGAUGACACUGGGCAGUUUGCACCAUUUCUACUCAUUACAUGGAGUCAGUUACCUGACAGUAGUAUAUUGACGCUGAAAGGGACUGAAGUGCGAGUGGUUGAAAUGUCCACAAAUCACAGUGUUUGUGUUCGGUACAUUUUUUGUAACACAACACUGUUGCUAACAAACCCAGGAGGGGAUAGGUGGACAUUUUCUUUGGAGAGAAUUGUGGUCAUUCCCAACUUUAAAUACCAGGUAUUUGUAACCAAUUUGCCAAAGUCAGACAUAGGGAGCUAUCAAACGAUAACCAACAUUACAGUCCCAGAGCACAUUUGGGAUCCGAAGGAAAAAUGGUCAGUGUCAAAAUGUAAAGAAAAUGGUGACUUGGUGAUAACAAUUGAAUUUGAACCAGUUCAGUUCUCUGAUCAAUACAAAGUCUCCAUCUGCAGUCUUGACCUUUACCCAGAUCUGGUGAACUCCACAAUGCCACCUGAUGAUAACAAGCGAUUUCUGAGGGUUAAUUUCCCGCUGGAAGCAUGCCGGAUAAAUCACUGCAUUUUGGAUUUGGUGAUUCAGCCACUGUCGCUUCGGAGCAUGAAUAACUUUCUGGAAUACAGAGGGAAAGUUGAUAUCUGUCCCCUUCUUCCAGGUGUUCCUGUUGUUUUUAUCAUUUUGGUGACACUGGUGCUGUUGUUAGCUUUACUGGCAGCUGCUGUUUGCAUUUUUGGCUGUAUUCGAUUUUUGAAGAACAAGGAUUCACAUAAAGAAACGCCAUCCUCAGACAGCUCAACGUGUGCAAAGGAUAGACUGGAGUGGAAUCCCAUUCAAGAGCCUAAGAGGGUCAUCAUCAUUUAUUCUCUGGACCACCCCCUGUACAAAGAAAUCGUCUUAAAGUUAUGUGCCUUCAUGAGGGCUAAAUGUGGUACAGACAUCACUCUGGAUCUCCUGGAUGCCGUCUGGCUCAGCACAAUCGGCAGAAUUCAGUGGCUGGAUAUGCAAAGGGAACGAAUCUCCAAGUCCUCAGAUAAAGUCCUGAUCUUGUGCUCUCCAGGUGUACUUGCCAAGUGGAAGGCCAUGUGCGGUGAGCACAAAGUGAGGCUGAAGGAGGAUGAAUGUUCACCCAUAGGAGACAUGCUGACGCCGGCUCUGAGCCUCAUUAUACCGGAUUUUGUUCAUGCUUCAUCUUUCUACAACUACAUGGUGGCUUAUUUUGAUGACGUGUGCAGUGAGGAUGACGUUCCAGCACCUUUUAACGUCGUGGUGAAGUACAAACUCAUGAAGCACUUUGAAGAACUUUACUUCCGAAUCCUAGACAUGGAAAAACAUGAGCCGGGACGGACUAAGUGCAUUGAAGGCAUCAGGGAGAAUGAUUUCUUCUGCUGUCCAUCAGGGCAAGGGCUUCAGAAUGCUAUUGAAGCUUUUAAAAAUUACCAGCUGAAGAAUCCAAACUGGUUUGAAAUGGAGCUUUUGGACACUGAUGAUGAAGAAGAGGAGUCAACAUUUCCUACAGACAUUAACUAUGGCUCUGUCACUGAAUGCCAUCUUCUGUUUGAAGGGUAUAAAGCUCAUACAUGUGUCAAUAUGAUUAAGCAUCAGAAUGAUGAACAUGUUUUAAAGUCUUCUAUUGCAGAGACAGCCAUAAUACUCAGCGAGAAUUCUUCAGUUCUUACCACAGAUGUGUAUUCCAGUGGUCCAGUAUCCAGUAGCUAUUAAAUUGAAAGGUUUACCAGCAACUAAAACUGUAGCACAACAUGAAAUAUGCUUACAGGCUCUGUGAAUCGAUCUAAAAUUAAGCUUGACAUCAUAGUAACCAUUACACUUCUGUUAUACAUUUCCCAUCAUUUUAUUUAUAUUAGUUCAGCUUUGUCUUUGUCUGAAUACUAUUUCAAAGUUAACGUAUGUUCAUUUUAUUCUACACAGUUAUGCUAAUUUGUCCAUUAAUACAGAACAAAGAAAAAGACAUAUAACCACAAUAACAUGUUUAUGUGAGAAAAUUUUAUUUGCUGGCAACUUUUUCAGAUUAUUUACCACAUCAUACGAUAAUUAUUUGUGCUUUUCCUUUACUUUCCAAGUUAUAGGCAAAAUUUAUAUUUGUCUACAAAACUCAUUUUAUGCAUUUAAAUCAGCUUAUUUCAUACUUUAUGUAUGAAAGUUUCAUAUCAAGUUAUGAAACAACUUAUAAAACACUUUUCAAAUUGUGAGUAAAAAAGGAAUGAAAUAAUUUACAAAUCUCAUGAACUUAUAUUUUAUAUUUUAAGAGCAGCUGGAGGACCAAUUUGCAACUUAUUAGGUCAGUUGGCAAAAUGAUUGGGUAUCAGAAGUCAAGAUGGGCAGAGGAUCACCAAUUGCCCCAAUGCUGCGGUGAAAAAUAGUGGAGCAAUAUCAGAAAGGAGUUUGUUUCAUUAGUUUUCCUGAGUUUGCCUGAUUAGUUAAUCUGCAUUCAUUAGUUUCCACCUGUGUUAUAUGAAUCAUCUUGUUUGCUCCUUUGUUUCCCUUUUUCUUUAAAAGGCUUCAGUUUCAUUCUGUUCUUGGGCCUGAAUUAACAGUACGCUGAUGUUAAUAUAUAAUGGUGUAUGUGGUUUAUGCUUAUUAAAGAAACUGCUUUGAUUC